CAUAAGUCACUCGAUGGUCAUAGCCUUUAUUAUUACAUUUUCUUAGCUUUCCCUUCCACUCUACUCACUCCAGAUUUCACAACCAGAAUCAACCACCAACCACAACCACCACCACCACCACCACCACCACCGCCACUCUUCUCCAACCUCCAAUUAUCCGAUCCCAAUGUCUUCAUCCCCAGAAGGCUACGCAAUCGAACUCUACAUGGAUCCAGCACUCGAAAACCAAGUUCUCAAAUCCUGGAACGUCCUCGCUCGCCGUCAAAUCAGCACCUCCUUAAUCACCACCGCCUCCCGUCCUCACAUCACUCUCUUCUCCACCACUUCUCUUCUCGAUCCUCUCAAACUCGAACCUCUCCUCAAAACCCUAACAACAACAACCUCCCCUUUCCCUCUCUCCUUCUCAUCAAUCUCGUCGUUCUCUAACGAUAACAACACUCUCUUUCUCUCUCCUACUCCUUCUCUCGCUCUUCUCAAUUUUCACUCGAAUUUGAUUGAUUCCAUUCUUAAGGAAAAUGUUGUUGAUGUUGGUGAUGAGUUUUGUGUUGGGAAUUGGAUUCCGUCUUGUGAAGUUGCGAAAAAUGUUAGUAAAGGGAGAAUGACGGAAGCGUUUUCGAUUUUGAGGGAGAUUAAAUUGCCUGUUAAUGGUUAUGCUGUUGAUGUUGCUCUUGUUAGCUUUAAUCCUGUUCAAGAAGUUUUCUCCUUUGUGCUUGGUAAUCAUGGUAAUAAUAAUGUCAAUGAGAAUUGAUUGUUUUUUUUAAUUCAAUCUCAUGUAAUGUAUGUUAUUAUAUGAUAGUUUGUUGUAAUAAGAAUUGUUGUUGUUGAUUAUGAUAAUUUAGUUAUUAUUAUUGGAACUUUAUUCGAGAAAUUGUUUAUGAACUAUAUGAAGUUUAGUUUUCCAAAGUUGGAAGGUGGAUUAGAAACUAUGAAGCACAGGUACCUGUACGACAUUGACACAUAGUUUCCGAUAGUAAUUUAAGAAUUGUUGCUGUUGUUGUUGAUGA